AUGAAUCUACCUCUUUUAAAGAAUAAAUUACCCUUUUUUUUUUUCUUUCUUUUUAUCUCAUUUCUAAUAGAUUAUACAAUAAUAGAUAUAAUAAACAAAGAUGAUAAAUUUAAAAAAAAUGAAAAAAUAUAUAAGUAUAAAUUAUAUGGUGAUAUAGAUGAAUAUGCUUAUUAUUUUUUAGAUGUAGACAUAGGUAAACCUGAACAAAGGAUUUCUGUAAUAUUAGAUACGGGAUCAUCUUCAUUAAGCUUCCCAUGUUCAGGUUGUAAUGAAUGUGGUAUACAUAUGGAAAACCCGUAUAAUUUAAAUUAUUCUAAAACUUCUUCGAUUUUAUAUUGUGAUAAAACAGAGUGUCCAUUUAAUUUAAAAUGUAUAAAAGGAAAAUGUGAAUACCUUCAAUCUUAUUUUGAAGGAUCCCAAAUUUCAGGAUUUUAUUUUUCUGAUAAAGUCAGCUUAAAUACAAAUAAUAAUAAUAAAAUAUCUUUUACAAAAUUAAUGGGGUGCCAUAUGCAUGAAGAAAGUUUAUUUCUGAAUCAGCAGGCAACAGGAGUUUUAGGAUUUAGCUUAACUAAACCAAAUUACGUUCCUACAUUUAUUGAUUUAUUAUUCGAGAGUUCAUCAAAUUUAAACAAACAGUUUUCCAUAUGUAUAUCAGAAAAUGGUGGAGAACUAAUUAUAGGAGGAUAUGAAGAUGAUUAUAUCAUAAAAAAAAAAAAAGACAAUGGAAAAGAUAAAAAGGAAAAUCAAAUAAGAGGUACAUAUAAUGAAAAAUCAAGUGAUGAGAGGAAUGAAAAUGAAAGGAUAAAUGACAUAAUAUGGGCUAAUAUUACAAACAAAUAUUAUUACUAUGUAAAGGUAAAAGGAUUUCAGUUAUACGGUACUGAUUUUUUGGAUAGCAACGGAUUUGAUGUAUUGAUCGAUUCUGGUAGCACGUUUUCACAUAUACCUGAAAAUCUUUAUAAUAAAUUAAAUUUCUUUUUAGAUAUUUUAUGUAUACAUAAUAUGAAUAAUAUACUUGAUGUAAAUAAAAGGUUAAGAAUAACUAAUGACUCUUUUAUUAACCCUCUUCUUUUUUUUGAUGAUUUUAAUUCAUCAUUAAAAAAUAUAAUUGAAAAUCAAAAUAUAUGUGUCAAAAUAAUUGAUGAUGUUCAAUGCUGGAAGUAUAAAGAAUACCUACCAGAUAUUUAUAUAAUAUUGUCAGAUAAUUAUAAAAUCCAAUGGAAACCAGAAUCAUAUUUAUAUAAAAAAGAAUCAUUUUGGUGUAAAGGGAUAGAAAAACAAGUAAAUAAUAAAGCAAUAUUUGGUUUAACUUUUUUUAAAAACAAGCAAGUUAUUUUUGAUAUCGAGAAUCACAAAAUUGGUUUUGUUGAUUCUAACUGCCCAUCUAAUCCAAUUAAUACAAGACCAAAGACUUAUAAUGAAUAUAAUAAAAAAGAAAAUAUAUAUUUAAAAAUAUCUUUUUUUAAUUUAUAUAGUAUAUGUAUCCUAUUUGCAUCACUACUAAUUCUUUCUAUUAUACUUUAUCUCAAAAAAUUAUAUUAUGUACACUAUUUACCUUUACCAAGUGAAAAUGAAACAACAAUAGAAAUGAGAGAGAAAUUGAACUAA